ACCAGGAAGUGGCCGCAGCCUCUCAGGCGUUCUCGGAUGUUUUGAAAAUGAUGGAGGAAGACGAAUUAGAAUUUGCCGAAGAUUUGGAGGCCAUUCUGCAUCUCACACCAGAAGUGCAACUGGCCAUUGAACAGGUGUUUCCGAGUCAAGAUCCCCUUGACAAAGCAGACUUCAAUGCAGUGGAGUACAUCAACACCUUGUUUCCCACCGAGCAGUCCCUGGCUAAUAUCGACGAGGUGGUCAACAAGAUUCGUCUGAAGAUAAGGCGUCUCGAUGACAACAUCAGGACGGUGGUGAGAGGCCAGACCAAUGUGGGCCAGGAUGGCAGGCAGGCUUUGGAAGAGGCCCAGGUUGCCAUCCAGCAGCUUUUUGGUAAAAUAAAAGACAUCAAGGACAAGGCAGAGAAGUCUGAACAAAUGGUUAAAGAGAUUACAAGGGACAUCAAGCAGUUGGACCAUGCCAAGCGGCACCUCACCACAUCCAUCACCACCCUCAACCACCUGCACAUGUUAGCAGGAGGCGUGGAUUCUUUAGAGGCAAUGACCAGAAAAAGGCAGUACGGUGAAGUGGCCAAUCUUCUUCAGGGAGUGGUGAAUGUGCUUGAGCACUUCCACAAGUACAUGGGCAUACCACAGAUCAGACAGCUCUCGGAGAGAGUAAAAGCGGCACAGAGUGAGUUGGGCACUCAGAUCCUGGCGGAUUUUGAAGAAGCCUUCCCAGCCCAGGGCUCCAAGAGGCCAGGUGGGCCCAGCAAUGUGCUGAGGGAUGCCUGUCUGGUCGCCAACGUUCUCGACCCACGCAUCAAACAGGAGAUCAUCAAAAAGUUCAUCCGGCAACAUUUGUCGGAGUACCUGGUGCUUUUUCAGGAAAACCAAGAUGUCGCAUGGCUAGACAAGAUUGAUCGUCGCUACGCUUGGAUCAAGCGGCAGCUCGUCGACUACGAAGAAAAAUACGGACGCAUGUUUCCAGAGGAGUGGUGCAUGACCGAGCGUAUAGCGGUGGAGUUCUGCCACAUUACCAGAGUGGAACUUUCCAAAGUAAUGCGAACACGAGCCAAGGAGAUCGAAGUGAAGCUGCUUCUGUUUGCCAUUCAGAGGACCACCAACUUUGAAGGUCUGCUGGCUAAACGUUUCAGCGGAUGCACUUUAACUGACGCACCUGGGCAGAAGAAGUCCGAGAGCCCGCUAGACCCCACUAACCCUUUCAUGGAAGACGACGCGGGUGAAGAUGAGGGUGCUGAAAAGGAUGAGGAUCUUGCCAAGCCCAGAAAACCCAAAGCUCCUGAGAAUCCUUUCCACGGCAUCGUCUCCAAGUGCUUCGAACCUCAUCUGUAUGUCUACAUAGAAUCCCAAGACAAGAACCUCGGGGAACUGAUUGAUAGGUUUGUGGCUGACUUCCGAGCACAGGGCCCACCCAAGAUUGGCACGGAGGAGGGCGGUGCCGUGCUUCCAAGCUGCGCCGACCUCUUUGUCUAUUACAAGAAGUGCAUGGUCCAAUGCUCCCAGUUAAGCACUGGGGAGCCCAUGAUCGCCCUCACCACCAUCUUCCAGAAGUUCCUGAGGGAGUACGCCUGGAAGAUCCUCUCUGGUAACCUGCCGAAGUCGAGCAGUAACAGCGUGGGUCUGACAAUCAGCAGUCUGCUGAAAGAGAAGGAAGGCUCGGAAACGACCAAGUUCACCGUCGACGAGCUGUGUCUCAUCUGCAGCAUCCUCAGCACCGCCGAGUACUGCCUCGCUACCACGCAGCAGCUCGAAGAGAAGCUCAAGGAGAAAGUGGACAAAGUUCUGAUGGAGAGAAUCAACUUGACUGGAGAGAUGGAUACAUUCAGCACUGUGAUCUCGAACAGUAUCCAGCUCCUUGUUCAAGAUCUCGAUGCAGCCUGUGACCCCGCUCUCACUGCAAUGAGCAAGAUGCCGUGGCAGAGUGUGGAGCAUGUCGGUGACCAGAGUCCCUACGUGACUUCGAUCAUCAUGCACAUAAAGCAGAAUGUGCCCAUCAUCCGAGACAACCUGGCCUCCACGCGCAAAUACUUCACACAAUUCUGCAUCAAGUUCACAAAUUCUUUCAUCCCCAAGUUUAUCAACCACUUGUUCCGGUGUAAGCCUAUCAGCAUGGUGGGAGCAGAACAACUCCUCCUGGACACACACUCCUUAAAGACCGUCCUGCUGGAUCUGCCCUCCAUAGGCUCGCAGGUACUACGCAAGGCGCCUGCCAGCUACACCAAGAUUGUGGUGAAGGGCAUGACUCGAGCAGAGAUGAUACUUAAGGUGGUGAUGGCCCCGCAUGAACCGCCCGUGGUGUUUGUGGACAACUACAUCAAACUCUUGGCGGAUGGCAAUCCAGAGACUUUCCAGAAGAUACUGGACAUGAAGGGUUUAAAACGCGGCGAGCAGAGCAGCAUGCUGGAGCUUUUCAGGCAGAGGUUACCGACGCCGCCCUCCGGGGCCGACGGCGGCGGCGGCGGAUUGUCAUUCAGCGCCCCCACCCCCGAGCAGGAGUCGUCACGCAUACGCAAACUGGAGAAACUCAUCAAGAAGAGACUGUGAGUGCGCAUAGGGUAGGACAGCAUGCCGUUGUUUUCAUGCAGCCAGGGAUCUCAACCUGGGCUCCAUUCGGUUCUUGUGCUGGACAAUAACAAACCACUGAAGACGGGAAAGUAAACGGUUAAUUAUGCUAAGUUAUGAAGAAACUUCCUCUGUGGUUACUUGCUGUUGCUACAUACUUAAAGUUCCUUCAUAGCCGCAAUUUCCGAGCUUUCUGGUAAUGCUUGUUCUUAAUUCUAUCACUUAAAUUUAGGAGGAGAAUAAAAUAAGACUUUUAACUGGUGCUCUAAAUUACUGUAUAAUUGAGAGGGGAAGUAUGAUUGCGUAUUUAUUGCAAUGUAUCUACUUCCAGUGAGACAUUCCUUCCUUUGGGAACCAGAAUAGUAUCGUUUGUUGUUGUUAUGCGAAGUAACAAUUAAACAUUGCCACAUUACACCUA